UCUUGGCGUGGCCAUAGUGGGAUUCGUAAUUUUGCCUCCGGUCCCUGGUCACAUGCUAGUCAAGCUGGAUCAGCUGACAUCACCCAGGUUCUCCUUUUGAUGCUCUGUCUCCACCAUCGACUGAGAGCGCGUCUUAAAACACGAGUAUUUCGUUAUCUUGGCAUUACUGGCGUCAAAUUUUAGAUUUGAGCCGAGGAUUUCUCGCUGAUCCAGCAGGUUAGACCGCCAGAUACAUGCUGCUAGAGUGGAUGAUGAACGGACACGCUAUUUUGUAUACGGGGGUCACUUUGGCCUUCUGGAGCACCAUACUAAUCGUCGGUCUCUGCUAUACCAUAUUUGACCUUGGAUUCCGCUUUGAUGUGGCAUGGUUCCUGACAGAGACUUCUCCUUUCAUGUGGGCCAAUCUGGGAAUUGGCUUGGCCAUCUCUCUGUCUGUGGUAGGAGCAGCCUGGGGGAUUUACAUCACUGGCUCAAGCAUCAUUGGUGGUGGUGUCAAGGCUCCACGAAUCAAAACCAAGAACUUGGUCAGCAUCAUCUUCUGUGAAGCUGUAGCAAUCUAUGGGAUCAUUAUGGCCAUUGUAAUCAGCAACAUGGCGGAGAGCUUCAGUGGAACAACCCCUGAGACCAUCGGGGCAAGGAACUACCAAGCUGGUUACUCCAUGUUCGGAGCCGGUCUGACUGUGGGUUUCUCCAACCUCUUCUGUGGCAUCUGUGUCGGCAUCGUGGGCAGCGGAGCAGCAUUGGCAGACGCCCAGAACGCCAGCCUCUUCGUGAAGAUCCUCAUUGUGGAAAUCUUUGGCAGUGCAAUUGGCCUGUUUGGUGUCAUUGUAGCCAUUCUGCAGACAUCGAAAGUAAAGAUGGGAGACUAGAAGAUGCAUUCACACGCUGACAAGAUAAAAAGACACUGCUGGAAAAUAAGAUGGAUUAUUGUGUAAAUACAUCGUAAAUUAUUUAAAUGUCUCUAUAUGCCUGGUAUUGUUUUCAACCAUCAUUUAUGCAAGAGUGGUACGUGCACACCCGACUGUCUUGUCUUGAGUGAAACAUGAAUGUUGCAUAAGAAAAGUGGAAGAAAAAUCACCAGUUGCCAGUGUGCAAUUCUUGAUACAAGUGAACCCUGCAUCUCUCCUACAGUUCAGCUUAUUGAGUAGUACAAGCAGAAUGUACAUGAAUAGUAGGAUUUUAGAUCAGCCAGUCUGUAGCCCCGAGAGCUGCCAAGACGUCUUGCAGCUUUGUUUCAUGGAUUGAAUUGCUCCUUAAAUUUACUGAUCGGUUCGUAAAGUAAAUUUUUUCUGAGCACUCUUGGAUGAAUGAUGAGUUAAAAAUGACACCAGAGUAUUUGAAAAUGUUUGUGUGUGUGUGUGUGUAUGCUGGACACAUGAGUUUUCUUUUUUUCCUGUGACGCAUGAGGGUGUUUAACAUUGUGUUUAUUACUGUAGCCUGGUCAGUCAGUUUUUGUUUUGUUUUUGUAACUCUUAUUUGCUAAUAAUAAGCAAGUGGCUCAAAUACAGUAUUUGUUAGACCUCCUAUUGCAGAAGUGACAGAGAAUCUAUGAAGUUUUGGAUUGGAGUGCUGAUCAUGAGUCAUUAGUGUAGGGUCACAGGAGAGUUGGACAUGCUCUUUGGGAGGCCAAAUAGAGUCGGAUCACAAGCAGCAGAUGCUCUAAAUAUGUCAUCCUGUCAUUCAGUUCCCUAAAACGGUAUGGAACUAAGAUGAGACCAAAUGAGCCUCCUGAACAUAGCUGCCAGCCAUAACUUUCUUGUUUUUCCCCAGAGUCUCCUCAAUUUUUUUUUUUUUUUCUUUUUUUUUUUUUUUUUUUUUUUUUAAAACAAGGUUCCUUUUCAGUAGUUUUUACAAAGAUGAAUUGGACAUGAAAGGGGAUUGUUCAUUGUUUACCAGAGGGAGACCAAAAGAUUGUGGAUACCCAGAAUACCUAUCUUUGCAGAUGCCCAAGUUAACUAUCCUGUUUCUCAAGUCCCUAAUAAACCUUAUAUUAGACAAGAAAGAGGACUUUGUUUUAGAGAGCAGUCAGUUACUAGUAUUACCUUACACUCAGUAGUAACUGGUAAUAUCUGCUGUAGUAUCACCAUCGUUGUACUUGAGGUCUUUAGGGAAAAUAAUUUUGUACACACUGGUUCUGACUUUGAUUUUAUGUAAUCUCAGGUCGUCUUGCACCCAAAAGUAUGGACUUAUCACAUAAUCAAACAACUUUAUGAAUACAGAUUUUUAAAUUUGCUUAUUUUACAUGCUUCACAUUGCUUUGUUUUUUAUUAAACUGUCUUGUUUUGAAUGUACGUCUUAACAUGUUAGCUGUUUGAGUCUCUGUUCCAAUUUAUUUUCUAACAUUCCUUAAAGAAACUUAAUGUGUGUGUAAAGCUAAGUCUUGUUUGUGGAUAGAGUGCAAUUUGAAUGACAAAAUUAGACUCCUGCUAUAUCACAACAAAGCCAUCUUUGACUCUCUGUCUAGUUUCCUAUUGAUGCUGACUCGUACCAUGGCUACUUGUGAAUUGUCUCAAAUCUUUCCUGUUAUUUCCCCCCUCCAACCCUUUUGUGAAGUUCUGAAUGAAUAUAAACAUUGAAUCUUAGCACUGGGAAACUGGAUUGUCUUUAAUAUAUGUGGACCUGGCCUCCCAAAGGUGUCAAAGCAGCAAAAUCAUCUUUUGCCCUUGUGAUGGUUUUAUAAUUAAACCAAGCUGAAUCUCCUCCACUCCUUUGGUAAACCAGGCCCUGUACCAAACCCCAGGCCUCAGUCAGUGUAGUUGCUACCGUGUGUGCAUUAUGUUGAUGUGAUGGUGAACAAAAAAAAAAAAAAAAACUCAUUGAUUUUGACAUUGUGUAUGAUAAUAACAAAAAACAGAUCUUCCUUCUGGCUUCAUAAAUGUCCUUGGAAAAAUAAAAUUGUCCAAUCAAGAUAUUUUAGAUUUGCUUCUGAUUUUAUAUAUUAGGCUAACAUGUUUCAUGUUUUUUCAGUCCUGUAGCCAUAAGCAAGUGUCCAGUCGUCAUAGACAGUGCUGUGUACUGCUGUUUGAAAUGUGAGCUGUAUGUGACCCGGGCCACUGACACUGGUUUUGCUUCCUGCAAUGUUUGCUCGCUUCCACUAGA